UUUUCUUUACAUAAAGCGAUUUUCUCAACGAUUGGUUAAGAGUGCACCCAGUGAAAUCCCGUCUAUAGGCAAUCCGGGGCACGAAUAAAACAGGAAGUUUUGAUGUGGGUAAAACAGUCUCGUCGUCUGCAAUCUAUGUGAAGAGUAAAGAUGUCGAUUAUCGGUAUUGUGUUGAGUGUACUCCCUUUGCUAGCAUCCAUUGCUAGUGCGACUAACAGAUGUGAUAUUUGUCAAGCCACAGGCCCCGAGAUAGAUCUAUCCAACUGCGGAUUUUACAGCGUGGGGGAUGCUAUAAACAAGUCCUGUGAUGCUGCAAGAAGUGCCACAGUUUUGAAACUUAAUGGAAACUUUAUUUCAAAUAUCUCAAGUAAUGAUUUCUUAAUGGAGGACGGUACUGGCUAUUUCUGGCAGUUGGAUAAACUUUAUCUGAAUAACAAUUCAAUAACAGAUAUUGACGAGGAUGCAUUUUGGACACUGCGCUUUCUCACAGAUUUCGACUUGUCAUAUAACAAUUUAACAGAAUUAGAAGACGGCAUUCUUCUGGAAAAGCUUAUACUGAAAACAAUAAAUUUCGCUUACAAUCAAAUAAAUUUCAUCGGAACAAGUGUCUUCAGGGAAGAUCACCAUGCCUUGAAGGAAGUCAAUCUUUCACAUAACAAUCUCAUUUCAAUGGAACCAUGGCCGUAUAAACCACCAGCACUGUCGAAAUUCGAUGUCUCUCACAACGCCAUCGUGAAUUUCACAAAUAGAAUGAACUGGAUAUACGACUUGAGUGAACCAUACCACGCAAGCGUUGAUUUACGUAACAACCAGCUCAGAGAUUGGCGCGACUACUAUCUUCAACAAUAUAAUCCUAACCAACCGGAGUUCUACGUUGAUUUUGUCACCUAUAACUUGGAUAUUCGAGACAAUCCUUGGUUCUGCGACUGUCACUUUUACGGGUUUACGUCUCGGUACCAAAACUCUUUUUUCAAACAUGCUGAUACAACUCUGAUGGAAAUGAAAUGCGACGGACCACCAAACCUUCAUGGCAAAGCUAUAAUGGAAGACGUGGACUUGAAUGAUUUGAUUUGCAAUAUUACCUUGGAUUGUCCACAAGGUUGUUUAUGCCAGAACAAACCAGCCGAGAAUUUGCUACACGUUAACUGCAACAGCAAAGGAUUUACGCAUUUACCCUCCAAAAUCCCCAAAAUCGAGAGCCCACCCAAUAAUCAGUAUACGCUUAAACUAGAGAUGAACAAUAAUCGGAUUAGAACAUUGACCCAUGAAAACUAUACGUCGUUACUUAGUGAUCUUUCGUUGUCUGGGAAUCAACUCGAAGAUGUUGGUGACGCAGCAUUCACCGGCAUGACGAUUAUCAAGCAUCUGAAUCUAGAAAACAACAAAUUGAAAAAGAUUUCGCCAAAAAUUCAGUAUUUGUUAAAAUUUGAAGACACUAGUUUGUCAAAUAACAAUUUUCAAUGCACCUGCGACAUGGUAUGGAUGAAAGACUGGAUUAAUUUUGCACCCAUAGACGAUCCAAACCGUGACAUGCAAUGCACGUUCGAAAACGAAGACGUUUACAAGAUACGUGAAGUGAGUGAAAGCUUGCUAAACUGUACUUACGAUGUAGCUAUUGGCUUGACAAUUGGCUUCUCGAUAUUACUUGCCCUUGUCAUCGUCGCUGUUAUUUGGGCCAAAAAGUGUCCAUAUGAAACAAAGGUUAUUCUGUACAGAAUUUUCCGCUACCACCCUUGGGACAAAUAUCGCGUGGACAACGAACUGUUGGCGGAACACGACGCGUAUGUAUCUUUUGAUGACAGCAAUAUUCAUAUUCGCCAAUGGGUUCUUCGAAAAUUUGCCAAGCGGCUAGAGGAAGAGAAACCGUGCUACAAGUUUUUUGUUCCUGUUCGAGACCUCUUGGUAGGCGAUGGAAAAGCUGAUUCGAUCAUAGAAAACAUGGAGAAAAGCAAAAGAGUUAUAAUCAUAUUAUCAGACAAGUAUGAUGAAAAUGAGUGGUGCAAAUUUGAGUGCCAGAGGGCCGAAAUUUUAGAAUUGAACAAUGGUCGAAUUAUUUUCAUCAAAUACCACCCCGAGGCGGAUGAGAUGAUAGAAAACGAACCAUGGAAAUCUCGUGUAAAAGGACGCAAAGUCUUCUCCCCCGGAGAGAAGAAAAGCGAACGACGGUGGUUCUGGGGGAAAAUCAAAUACGAGUUACCCGUUCGAUAAUAUCUCUUAGAAAUGUUUCUAGCCUAAGAACGUUAUUGUGUUAUAGUCUCAUUUAAAUCCGCCCAUUAUCAUUUGCUAGUAUUUACAUUUUCUUUUACAUACUAUGUCACUAGAUAGAUGUUGGAUCUUUUAGAAAGCUUCUAACAUGUAUAUUAAUUACAUUUUACAUGACUUAUUGGAAUGGCAAUAGAUAGUUGUAGAUUUAGUCACGUGCGUUAAAAAUAAUCUAUUAGUUACGACGUGUAUAGAAAGAUCGAAAGAGCUUUUUUUUUUUAUAAAUGCUGCUCCAGCAUGUUUGGUGUUGUAAAUUGUAUGUACAAAGUACAAAAUCAUUUAUGUAAUGAAGUAUUUUAAUGAAUAUGUUACAAAUAAAAUAAUGAGAUUGAU